AUGGAGGCUGAGUACGUGAGUGAGGAGGAUGAAGAUUAUUUCCCUUAUCCUGAUAAGGAAGACAUUGACAAGGAGGAUAUUCUAAAGCAGGAGCCUCUAGAGACUAGGGCUGCUGAUCCACAUUUCACGGCUCCACCACCUUCAGGUGGGGCUUUUGAUUUUCAAGAGUUGAUGGACAACAUUGGUUCCCUAAAGGAGAGGCAAGACAGGAUGUCUAAGAGCGCAACGGAGAGGGUCAUCCAAAGUCUGGCGGUACAGCACCGACUGGGGAGAUUAGAGUCCAGUUUCAAGUACUUUACCAAAGACUUGGAUAGGGUUUCUAACGGAGUUGCGGCUGACUUCUUCUUGAUGAAGGAAGAAGUCUCCUUAAUGAAUGAUAGGUCUACUGCUGGUUAUUACACAUUUGUUGGUAGUAACCUUGUUACAUGGCGUAAUAAGAAGCAAGCCGUGGUUGCCCGUUCAAGUGCUGAAGUAGAGUUCUGUGCUAUAGCACAUAGCAUUUGUGAGCUCCUAUGGCUUCAUGGUCUUCUCAUUGAUUUGGUUGUUCCUACUACUCUUCCUAUGAAGCUCUUUUACGACAGCAAGUCUGCCAUUAGUAUUGCUCACAACCCUGUCCAGUAUGAUUGA